AUAUUCUACUCCCUACUACUCGCUAUACUGUCUAACAUCCACUACGCCUAAGAAUACUAACAAUUGAAAAAGUAAAUAUAUACCUUUAUCAACAACGAUAAUGGGGAAACGGUCUCAAGCCUCACUUAAAUUACAGGCUACACCUUCUUCCUUUAGUCAAGGAGAUUCACGUCCCCCGAAUGCUUAUAUGACACCUCCAUCAAUGGGAGCACUAAAUGUAAACAACUCCAAUUCUCAGAUGUCUACCUUGACGAUUAGUCCUAUGGCAUAUGUUGCAAAUACAUCAACAGAAUUAUCUUUUAUAAGGGAAAAAAAUUUGUCGACUGCUGGUCUUGAAUCUUUAUCGCGCGAAGAAUAUUUGCGAAUGUGGAGACAUGAUGCAUUAAUGCAGCAACAAUACAAAUGUGCUGCAUUUGUUGGUGAAAAGGUCCUUGAUAUGACUAAGGACCCGAACGAUGCAUUCUGGCUUGCUCAAGUCUACUGUUGUACUGAAGAUUAUGCUAGAGCAAAGAGCUUAUUAACGAAAGAAGAUUUAUGUAAUCAGAGCUCAGCUUGUAGAUAUCUAGCCGCAUUCUGUUCUGUCAAACUGUAUGACUGGCAAGGAGCCUUAGAGUUGCUUGGUGAAACCAAUCCUUUUAGCAGAGCACAUGGAAACAGCGACAAAUUGCGUAUGCAAGAUGGCGGAAUUAAACUAGAAGCUUCAAUGUGUUAUCUACGUGGCCAAGUUUACACAAAUUUAAGUGAUUUUGACCGUGCAAAGGAAUGCUAUAAAGAAGCUUUAAUGGUUGACACAAAAUGUUUUGAGGCAUUUGAUCAGUUAGUAUCAAACCAUCUCCUUACAGCUUCCGAAGAAUGGGAAUUAAUAGCGAAUCUUGACUACUCUACAUAUUCAAAAGAAGAUGCGAAUUUUUUGAAAUCUCUGUAUAUGUUACGCUUAAACAAGACUUCCCACGAAACUGAUUUAAGAGCAGCCGAAGAUUACUUGACUUCCAUACCUGGUUUGGAAAAUAACGCUGAUUUAUUGCUAUCAAAGGCUGAGUCUUUAAUCGUCCGAUCUCGUUUUGUUGAUGUUUUAAAUAUAACCUCAAAGAUCUUAGAGGGUGAUCCUUACAACAUGGCAGUUUAUCCCAUACAUUUGGCUUCUCUUCAUGAAAUGGGUGAAAAGAAUAAACUAUUUUUGAUUUCUCAUGAUUUAGUGGAUCGCCAUCCUGAAAAAGCCGUCACCUGGCUUGCCGUUGGAAUAUAUUAUUUAUCUGUUAAUAAAGUGCAAGAAGCGCGUAGAUACUUUUCCAAAUCGUCAACAAUUGAUCCUCAGUUUGGCCCUGCUUGGAUUGGAUUUGCUCAUUCUUUUGCUCUCGAAGGCGAACAUGACCAAGCCAUUUCAGCUUACACGACUGCUGCUCGAUUGUUUCAAGGAACUCACCUUCCCUAUCUAUUUUUAGGAAUGCAACAUAUGCAACUCGGAAAUAUUUCAUUAGCUGACGAAUACUUGCGAAGUUCCUAUUCUUUAUUCCAGUACGAUCCGCUCUUACUCAAUGAAAUGGGAGUUGUGGCAUUUAAUAAGGCGGAUAUGCAGCAAUCAAUAAAGUUUUUUAAUUCUGCGUUGCAACUAGUUAAGAAAACUCAAAGCAAUGAAAAACCUUGGGCCGCUACUUGGGCAAAUCUUGGUCAUGCCUACAGAAAGUUAAGAAUGUUUGAUGAAGCAAUCGAUGCCCUUGAACAAGGGCUUAUGCUAUCUACUCAAGAUGCGAAUAUACAUACUGCCAUAGCUUUAGUCUAUUUGCAUAAGAAAUUGCCUGAUCUUGCAAUUACCCAUUUACAUGAAAGCCUGGCGAUCUCUCAGAACGAGAUUGUGGCGUCUGAUCUCUUGAAACGCGCCCUUGAAGAAAAUUCCCUGAUUCCUGCUAUCACUGAUGAUUUGGUAUAUGAAGAUGCUGUCAGCGAGUAUAUGCAGCAAUCGACUAUUAACGCAAGUAAUGGCAACACUGCGGAAAAUCAUUCACCUCGCUUUGGUGACCCAUUAAAUAGCAACUCUCUCUUAUAUAUGGAUACACGCUCGGAAAUGAUGAUGGAUGUUAUGGAUAAUGAUCUUUCAGAGCAAUAACAAUGGGGUAAAGCAAAUACGUGAUAGAAUGUGCAUGACUAAUUUUAAUGAAUUUCAUGAUUAAUAAAGAAAAAUUUGUUUUACAUUACACCUUAAAAUAUUCAUCAUAAAAAAUCCUUCUUUAGAAGAUGGCAUAGGUUGGCUAACAGCUCCUUUUUCAAUUAGGAGUAUGUUCCAUUCGGCUUCUUAACUCUCGCAUCAAAGCUUUUGCCUCUUCAAGUUCCAGAUCUCCGUUCAAAAUCUCACUGACAUACAUCUCUGCUUGUCUAUAGUUUUUUUGGUUAAGUUCUCUCUUUGCUAACCACAUCCUCGCUUUAAUAGUUUCCGGCGUCAUAUCUCCCUCUUCUUCACUUCGAAUGCACUCCUUGUACAUUGCAGAAGCAGUGUCUAAGUCCUGUAAUUCUUCGUAAAGGUUACCUAAACGCAUUAAGAUUGAACUAUUGAUAGGAGAGCCCAGUAAAGCUCUUUUGUAUGCUUUUAUGGCUUCUUGCGGCCGUUGAAUUUUUUCGUAACAGUUUCCCAGAGCCUGCCACAUUCUCUGGUCAUAUGGACGAAGGGCAGUUGCACGUUGGAAAUAGUAAAGGGCGUAAAAAUGCAUAUCUAAAACUUCGUAAGUUUGACCCAGACCGUACCACGCCCUGUAAUCUUUUCUAUUGACAUCGACUGCUAAGCGGUAAGACUCUAUAGCGGCAUGUGUGUUUUUGAGCUCAACAUAUUCAUGCCCCAUAAGAGUCCAAGCAGCUAAAUAAUUUCGAUUUAGUCGGAUUGCUCUCUUAAAAUAUGUAACUGCCUUUUCGUGUUCUGAUAAUAAACUGUAAUAAUUUCCGAUAAUUGAGCAAGUCUCUGGGCGAAAUUUGUCUAUAGUUGAGGCUACUUGAGCCAAGAAUCCAAGUUUUGAUUUUCUUUCUAAAACAAAAAGAAUGUUGGAAUAAGUAUCCAUAUCGUCUAAACGGUAUGGAUCGCUUUUUAGAAUAACUUCGAAUAAUUCUUCGGCGUCAUCAAAAUCUAGAAAAAUAAAUUAGGAAAUAUCAAUAACAGUAU